CACAUGACUCACUCAACUCAUUUUCUCUUCUUAAACCAAAUUCAACGCUACCCUCACCAACCCUUCUUCUCUUCUCUCUUUUUUCUCUCUCCGUGCGCAUAACGCUAUUUCGAUUUCUCUAUUUUCCCGCCGCCUCUGCACAUCGCUUUCUUUCUCAUUACUACCCUCCCUAUUUUGCAGCAUUUUUCUUCACUCUCUGUUGCUGCUCUUCUCACCAUCCAGAUUUUGAAAAUGUCGGUCAGUUCCAGUUCCAGUUCCAGGGGAAGAAGAAUAACCACCACAACGGACAGAGAAACCAGCCCAGAGAGAACCAGAGUCUGGACCGAACCCAAACCCAAAACCACCAGAAGAGUCUCCGUCGUUUACUACCUCUCCCGUAACGGCCAGCUUGAACACCCUCAUUUCAUGGAGGUUUCUCUCUCCUCCCCUCACGGACUCCACCUCAAAGACGUAAUCGAUCGAUUGAACCAGCUACGAGGGAAAGGCAUGGCUACUAUGUACUCCUGGUCUGCAAAACGGAGCUACAAAAACGGCUUCGUUUGGCAUGAUUUGUCGGAGAACGAUUUCAUCUACCCGACGCAGGGCCAAGACUACAUUCUCAAAGGAUCGGAGAUUCUCGAACACGCUGGCGGUGGUGCCGGAGUUGCACCGCAUACAUCACCGCAGACGCAGAAAUCGGAGGAGGAGUCUGAUUUUCCGGCGGCGAUUACUAGGCGGAGGAACCAGUCGUGGGGAUCCAUGGACUUGAAUGAGUACCGAGUUUACAAGUCGGAUUCGUUCGGUGACUCGGCCGGGAGAGUCGCGGAAGCGGCGACUCAGACGGAGGAUAAGCGGAGGCGGAGGAGGGCGGUGAGGGAAGAAAAGCAAGAAGAAGAAGAGAAGGAUGGGAUUGGAAGCGAAGAAGCGGAAAUUGAGGGAGAGAGGGUCCCGCACCAGAGUACGGAGCUCAGCAGGGAAGAGAUCUCGCCUCCGCCGUCGGAUUCGAGCCCGGAGACGCUGGGGACGCUGAUGAUGGCUGAUGGGCGGUUAGGAUUGCGUCCUCCGGUGGUGCCGGUGAAGGAGAAUACUCCGACGGCUGAGAACGGUGGUAGUGGGAGGAUGAGAGCUUCGUCUGUUCUGCUGCAACUGUUAUCGUGCGGUGCGGUGUCAUUCAAGGAGAGUGGAGCCGGGGCAGGGAAAGAUCAAGGGUUCUCGUUGGUUGGGCACUACAAGUCAAGAUUGCCCCGCGGAGCAGGGAAUCAUGGGGGAAAGGAGGUGGGGACAUUGAUGGAAAUUCCAGAUUUGAGCAGGGUGAGAUUGGAAGACAAAGAGUAUUUUAGUGGUAGCUUGAUUGAAACUCAAAAAGUGGAAACCCCUUCUUUGAAAAGGUCCAAUUCUUACAAUGCAGACAGCGGUUCGCGGUUGCAGAUGAUCGAGCAUGAAGGGGAAGUUGUGCGGGCAAAGUGCAUACCGCGCAAGUCUAAGACGCUAACAACAAAGAAAGAAGAGGGUACUUCCAUGGAUAUUGUUAGCAGAAGCCAACAUGGGAGUAAAAGAUUUGAUGGUUAACUAUAAGUUGAUGCUUUGAACGAGUAUGAAACAAAAAGAACCUUGUCAAUGGCAGUUUGUAGCUGACAACUGAGAACAGAGAAGAAGCUAAUUAGAGGAAGCAUUAAUGUUGUAUCUUAUAGAGUAAGUACUAAUCAAGUUAGGAGGUAGUAUAGACUAUAGAAUUAGUCACCUUGAACAUAAAACUCUCAAACUCGUUUGUGAGAAUAUGUGCUUCACCACUAAUGCUGCUAUUUAUUUACACAGUUUCUGAUUUCUA